CCCGGUCUCUGGCCCAACAUGAUACUGACCAAAGCUCAGUACGACGAGAUAGCCCAGUGCUUAGUGUCUAUGCCGCCCACCAGGCAGAGCCUGAGGAAGUUGAAGCAGAGGUUCCCCAGUCAAUCGCAGGCCUCUCUGCUGAGCAUCUUCUCCCAGGAGUACCAGAAACACAUCAAAAGAACGCAUACCAAACAUCAUACUUCAGAAGCAAUUAAAAGUUAUUACCAGAGGUACCUGAAUGGAAUGGCAAAAAAUGGAGCUGCCCCAGUGCUCCUGGACCUGGUCAAUGAGGUGGACUAUGCGCCCUCAUUAAUGGCUCAGCUUGUACUGGAGAGAUUUCUACAGGAACAUGAGGAAACUCCACACUGGAGAAAUACUACUUCCAAAGGCAAAGCAGUGCCAAUGGGAGGGGCAGCAGCAAGGAGGAAGCUUGUAAAGGGCUUUGAAGAUGAAACAGGGCCCGUGGCCAGGGAUUGUUGUUGA